ACCUGCCGCGGCGGGGCGCGCCCCGGAAGAGGGGGCCGGCGGGCCGGAAGUGGGCCGGGGCGGGGGAGGCCCGGAGCGCCGCGGGGCGAGAUGAAGCCGGCUGUGGACGAGAUGUUCCCCGAGGGCGCCGGGCCCUACGUGGACCUGGACGAGGCCGGAGGCAGCACGGGGCUCCUGAUGGACUUGGCGGCCAAUGAAAAGGCGGUUCACGCGGACUUCUUCAACGAUUUCGAAGACCUCUUCGAUGACGACGACAUCCAGUGAGGCGCGGGGCGCGGGGCCAAGCCCGAGAGACAUGAUGACGCGCCGGCUCUGGAGCCCGUGCGGUGCCCCGGGCUGGAGGACACGGCUCCCCGGGAGGGAGGAGGGAGUCGGCCCCGUGGGUGAGCCCGCCCCCUCUGGACGGGCCAGACGCUGUCCUCGCUGCGAUUAAAGAGUGAUGCCGCCA